UUGCAUGAGAAACAGGGGGUGACACGGCGGUUUCAUCAGUCCUGUCAGUUUUUCUGCUCUUCAACUUCCUUAUUUGCCCUUAAGUGCUGUUUCCUCUUUUGCUUACUGAUGCAGUUCUUGUUCAGGGGACAGCUUCGAGUACGCCAAAGAAAAAGACCAAAUCUGCACCUAACAGAGUAACAUGACUGCAGUGUGGAGCUGCUACCGGUUUGUCUUUGCUUUUAGAGACUGACAGCAGGUUUCUGGUGCUGGGCCGAGGAGCGUGUGCAAGACUGCUUCGAUGCGUCCCUUCGUGUGUGUGAGAGAGAAGACACACAGUGAGAUGUACGUCUGUAUGCAGUAGUGUAGUGUGUGAUGUCAGGAGACACCAGCACCCUGUCCUGGAGGAGCAUGUCUCCCACCAGCCAGUCAGACUCCUCGGAUAUGUCUCCCUCUACAACCGUCCCCAGGGACCCCAUCUCCCACGUCAAGAUCAUCAAAGUGUGUUUUCUCAGCAACAGCUCCAACCUGGGCAAGAACUUCAAACUGGUCCGCUGUGAGGAGGGAUGGACUGUCAAGGAUGUUGUGAACAUGGUGCUGUCCAGCGGCUGUGUGGGUCCAGACAUAAAUCACAGCCUCUGUUACGGCCUCCUCCUCAAACACCUCAAGUCCUCCGAGAUCCACUGGCUGCACCCGGACCUGACCAUGUCCGAACUGACGCAGCGCUACGAGCAGCAGCACCUGGAGGCUGAGUGGAGAUAUGAUCUGAGGAUCAGAUACAUCCCAGCAGACUUCAUGGAGAAAUUCAAUGAUGACAGAACCACGAUGCUCUACUUUUACCAGCAGGUACGAAGUGACUACAUGCAGCAGUACGCCUCAAAAGUCAGUGAUGGGAUGGCUCUACAGCUCGGUUGUCUGGAAAUUAGGAGAUUCUACAAGGACAUGAAUCCAAACGGGCUGGAGAAAAAGUCAAACUUUGAACUCUUGGAGAAGGACGUAGGGCUGGACCUGUUCUUCCCCAGAGAGCUGAUUGACAGCAUGAAGUCCAAACAGUUGCGUCGGCUGAUCCAGCAGACGUUCCAGGGCUACUCCACCCUGAAGCAGGACCAGUGCAUGAGCCGCUUCUUCACCACUCUGGCUCAGUGCUACAGCUACACACAGGAGAGCUUCGCCUGCCAGCUGGUGCACGGCUGGAAUCUAACAAUGAAACUGGUCAUCGGCCCUGAAGGCAUCAGCCAGCAAACUGAAAACUCCACACCGAUCUGUUUGGCCACGCCCUCUCAGGUGCGCAGUAUCUCCUGCUCUGCGGAGACCGAUGGUCGGGCUCUGCUCACCGUGCACAUCGAGGGAGCCCAGCAGCCGCUGUCAGUGCACGCCUCCUCUCUCGCUGUGGCAGAAAACAUGGCCGACCUGAUAGACGGCUACUGUCGGCUGGAAGGCAGCUCCAAGAGCUCGCUCAUCGUCCGGCCCAGCAAAGCGAGAGAGGCACGACCAAAAUUACCUGAUAUCCCUAAAUGUAGUGCUCCCAGUGGUCCUAGCAGAGGUUCGGAUAUUUACGCUGAGAUUCCAGAGGGCACAGACAACUCUGGAGAGAAGCACAGGAUCUCCAGAGACGACAUUGUUCUGGGUCGGAUCCUGGGCGAGGGAUUCUUCGGAGAGGUUCACGACGGCGUUUAUAAAAGCCCAACUGAAGAGAGGAUCCAUGUGGCCAUCAAAACCUGCAAAGACUCUUCAGCUGAAGUAAAGGAGAAGUUCCUGAGUGAAGCUGGCUUGAUGAAAAACCUGGAUCAUCCCCACAUUGUGCGUCUUAUCGGAGUCAUCGAGGUCGAUCCGGUCUGGAUCGUCAUGGAGCUCCUUGAACAUGGAGAGCUGGGGAGCUAUCUGGUGGAGGAAAAGUACAUUGUGACCAAUGCUACAUUAAUCCUGUACUGUCUGCAAAUCUGCAAAGCCUUGGCUUACCUGGAAGGACUCAACAUGGUGCACAGAGAUAUAGCAGUGAGAAAUGUCUUGGUGGCGACACCUGAAUGUGUUAAACUUGGUGACUUUGGCCUGUCACGCUACGUUGAUGAACAAGAGUAUUAUAAAGCCUCAGUCAGUCGAUUACCAAUCAAAUGGAUGGCACCUGAGUCCAUCAACUUCAGACGCUUCACCACAGCGAGUGAUGUCUGGAUGUAUGGUGUGUGUGUGUGGGAGAUCUUCUCGAUGGCCCAGCAGCCGUUCUUCUGGCUGGAGAACGGGCAGGUGAUCAACCAGCUGGAGUCUGGGAUUCGACUCCCGAAGCCGCAGGCAUGCCCGCCCACCAUCUACUCCCUGCUCACACGCUGCUGGGCCUACGAGCCACACGGCCGGCCCACCUUCAUGCAGCUCGUCUGCUCCCUGAGUGACAUCCACAGGAUGGAGUUGGAGCAGGAGGGGAGGCGAGACAGAUUACCUUUUGCUGCAUCAACAUGUAAGGCAAACCAGACAGAGCCUCCGCCCAAGCCAUCCAGGUUACAAAGCAACACACUUCCUCGGGUCACACACGCACAGAGAAAAGACACGGACACCAAACCAGUGUGGGAGAAAGAGAAAGAGCAAGUGGAGGACACUUUACAGAGACAAAGACGAGAGAUGCUGAUGGAUAAACAGUGGCUGGAGCAGGAGGAGAGACAACUGGAUCCCGUCAGUCGAGUGGAUGCACAAACCAAGCCUCCUGAAAAAAGCCCACAAAAUGGUCCUCCAGAGAAGCCCCCGAUGCCUCCGUCAGUCACACAGCCUCGGCCCACAGCUGAGCUGGACCGGUCAGGUGAUCAGGUUUACACCGGCGUCAUGGCGAUGGUGAAGCAGGUCGUCCAGCUCAAGAAUGAUGUCAACACACUGCCCGCAUCCGAGUAUCCCAGCGCUGUCAAAACGGUUGGUAUCACUCUCCGCAGCCUGAUCCAGAGUGUUGAUGAGAUCCUGCCGUCUCUGCACAGCUCUGUCACAACAGAGAUUGAGGGCACUAAAAGGCUGCUGAACAAGGACUUAGGAGAGCUGAUCAAUAAGAUGCGACUGGCCCAGCAGAACGCCGUGACGUCUCUGAAGGAGGAAUGUCAGCGGCAGAUGUUGGCGGCUGCUCACACUCUGGCACUGGACUCCAAAAACCUGCUGGAUGCUGUGGACCAGGCUCGAGUCAGAGCCAACCUGGCCAAGCCCAAACCUGCCGCAGAGAAGGCAGAGGGAGCCGGGGAGUUAGAAAGUUAAGCUCCCUGCUAAUCAAACGGACUCUGGUUUUUAAACAAGGACAUGUUCCGGUUGAGUUAUGAAAGUGUGCGAUGCGUCCUGUUCUAAUGCUGAUGAAAGAUGUCAUAAUAUAUUUGUGUUUUCUCAAAUAAAAUCAUCUUAAGUUAAAAUGAGCAUUUCCUGAACAAAUCAAACUACCACAAUGGUGAGAAGAAAUACAUUUUAUAUAUUUUUUAUUCUUUUUACUAUUAA